AUGAGGUGCGCGGCGGCUGUGGCGGCCGAGGAGCCCGACUACAAGAACCAGGGCUCGAGCAAGCCUCCGUACUCGUACGCGACGCUCAUUUGCAUGGCCAUGAAGGCCAACAAGAACAAGAUGACGCUCAGCGCCAUCUACAAGUGGAUACGCGAGAACUUCCUGUACUACCGGAAUGCAGACCCCAGCUGGCAGAACUCCAUCCGCCACAACCUGUCUCUCAACAAGUGCUUCAUCAAGGUUCCGCGUAGCAAGGACGAACCGGGCAAGGGCGGCUUCUGGAGGCUGGACCCCGUCUACGCCGACUCCCUGGUCGACGGCGUCUUCAAGAAGCGACGACCCGCGCAGAGACAUCCCGGAGCGCCCGGCACCGCCACAGCGCCGAGUACGGGAGGUGGCAGCGGCGGCAGCUCCAAGAGGAACCGGAGGGACCGCGGAGGCGCAGCCAAGAACAAGCAGGCGACGACGGCGGCGCACGCCCUGAGCGUCGUCUCCUCGCUCCAAGGGCACAGCGGGCCCGCCGUCAUCGUGGAACGCGUCGAUCCGGCCGCCGUCGUGGUCAUGGACUCGGCGGGCGUCGCGGGCGCGGCCGCGUCGGCCUCGCAGCACCACCUGGACGACGUGUGCGGCGACCUGGGCGAAUCGCUCAAGAACGACCUGUCCUGGAUCCUCAGCGAGAGCGACCUGGACUUGGAGCAGCAGCUGGACCGGUACCGAAGCUCCGAGGACGCAGCGGCCGCGGCGGCCCUGCAGCUGGAGGAGGACCUCUUCGGAAGCGGCGGAGGAGUCGUCGACGGCGAGGUCACCGUCAACGGCUCCGUGCCGUCCGCCUCGAGUCCCGACUGGUGGACGUGCUUCGGUCCGGGCAGCGGCGGCGGCGCCGAGCCGGCGUCGCUGUGUCUUCCGGUGGCGGCGGCGACUCCGGCGGUCGGCUGCUCGACGUCGAGCGCGGUGCAGACGUUCGAGCUGCUGUACGGGGGCGCCGAGACCGACGACGCCUGCGUCGUCGACCACCACGUGACUGUCCCGGGCGAACUGGUCUUCGGCGACCCGACGUCGUCGGUGACCGUUGCCCAGCAGCAGCAGCCGUGGGCGGACUGCAAAGCGGCGCUGGAGGCUGCCGCGCUCGAGCUGGAGACGUACGCGGAGAUGGACGUGGUGCCCGGAUACUAGUCGGUGUAGCCCGCUUUAAGUGUGAUCCUUCGUUGCCGCAGUGGUGGGUGUGCUUGCCUCGUUGCCUCUGGACCCUGUGGCAACCUCUGUGUAAGCAAUGUUUGUGACUGCCGAUAUGUGUGUGUGUUUCUGUGCGCUUAAGUGUGAAAGCAGCCCGCAAGACAUUCAAGUGCUGGCGGAGUACUCCGUCCGAAGCUCGAUGGUUAGAACGUCAGCGGGAAGCAGCCGCGGAGCGUGAAAUUGAUUGUCCUGCACGUAUUGUUGUGUCGUGUCAUGGUCAUCUGUUUAGCGCGGAAAGCGCACGGGUGGACAGCGGUGUAUGCCGCGCCCUCUUUCCAAAGCCAAAACAUAUCCCAGCAUUUCUUGUUGGGCUAAACCCCCAUGUUUUUCGCUGUUUCUCCGUGUUCGUAUAAGGCCGGCUCGUGGAAAGAAAGAAGCCCGCAUAGCUGUCUGAUAUCCAAGGGCACGAGACAAAGACAAUUAUAGCUUAGUUGCACUCAACAAAACGAUCUGUGUGCUCGUUUUUCACUCUUACUUGGAGUCGCUCAGAGUCGACGGUUGUUGCCGUCUGGUGGUGCCUAAUUAUUUGCAGGCUCGUGAAACAUGACUGUUAUAGCAGGGGCGCAAACUAAGCGCAUACACAGACGAAUUACACAGGACGAGCGCCAACACCAUCAGUUUUAUUAGGACAACAAAAUCCGCCCAUUAACUACACAGCAUAACCUGAAAGCAUAAUCAGUACCGCAAGACAACAGAUGAGAACAGGAAGGAAACAUACAAUGGUUUUCUAGGCUUAGCACCUCAAGUUCUAACAAGGCGCCUUCUGACCGGCAUACAAAGCUACAGCCGGGUCGCUGAAAAUCUAUCUCCGUUUUUUUUUAUCCUAAUGCGGUAGACUUCUAAAAUUUUCCUUGCGAUCCCGUUCUUGCUUAUCCCUAUAAUCUUUCGAUAAACUUGGACGUUCGAGAAGCGUGGCAUACAUCUGCAGGAACCACAGUGCAUAGGCAAAAUUGGUAGGGGUGCUCGUCCUAUCUAUAUACUCUGUCUGUGUAUGCGUUAGCUUGAGCCCCAACGUCUAAAAUCCGGAUGAAUUCUUGCCGCAGCCUUCACUGACACGCGGUCGUUCAAUUCCUCGCAGAUACUGCACUCGCACGUGAUCUGGUCUAUACUGUAACCUUUAUGACAGCACUGUAUAAUUCUCAUGAAGAGCCGGCAGAUAUGCAAUGUUUUCUUGUGCAUAUUGAAAUUCUGCCAAUUGAUUCAUGUUCCCCGCGAUUAACAUGGUAUAUAUAGACUGUCCUCACGCAGCUGGAAUCUAAGCUCCCGGCAAAGAAUUAGCUUGUCGCCCCCCCCCCCUAUUUUUUCACUGCACUGAACAAUCGUGCGAUCGCUAUCUGCUGAUUGACAGAUUAGGCAGAACGUUAAAGUGAGGUAACCCUCUCAAGUGUGACAGUGUUCUUCACUUCUUUCCAUAAGCCGGUCCUAGUCUUCCGUGUGGAUCGUUUGCUUGAAAGGCGAGUACUUUUUUUUUCAGCCUGCUUAAGUGUAAAUUCGCUUCAGGUUAAGCAGUAGCUGCUGAGCGCAAAUUUAUUUAUCGAUCUUUCCACGUUGGUCCACAACUUGCCCACCAGGUUGGACUGCCUUGGUAUAGUAACCUCCGGGUUUAGAGUUGCUUGAUUCCGCACGACAUUGUUAGUGUAUGUGUUUCUAAUGUCCUUGUAAUUACGGUGUAGCUUAAUCCUUGCGUUUUAUUCUUGUGUGUGUGUGUGAGUGAGCGUCCCCGCUAUUGUGCUAUUACAUUGUGCAAUCCUCGCAGUCAGAGAGCAUGCGACGUGUGCGUCAUUCUGCAUCCGUUACAUUAGCAAUUUCGACAGCGUUUACCGAAUGGCCACAGCCUCUUGGAACAUAUCGCCGCUUUCUGUCCUGUUCUCUAAAAGAAUCAAACAUGCAAUGCCGUUUCGUGCGGAUUGAAUGCGCGUCGUACAGUAUGAUACCACAUCUAUAGCUCGUUAUUUGCUUACCGCUUCUCGAAACUAAGCCUACGAGAAAUAGAAAAAUCAAAGGCGGGCCCACUAUUCAGCCAAACUUCUUAACAGAGGGUGGCUGCUAUCUUA